CGAGGUGGGCACCACCAGGGGCGGGGCAGGCGCCAGCCCGCAGCGCCUCCCCAGCGCCUGCGCUCGCGCGUCGCGCCCCAAGACCAUGGGGAAGCUGGUGGCGCUUACCCUGCUGGGCGCCGGCCUGGCCCUAAUCGGGGAGAGGCUAAUGACGCUUAGAGAAAGAACUAAUGCAUAUCGAGAAGUGGAGCCAGUAGAACCCCAGAACUGCCACCUUAUUGAGGGACUUGAAAAUGGCUCUGAAGAUAUCGACAUACUUCCUAGGGGGCUGGCUUUUAUCUCCAGUGGAUUAAAAUAUCCAGGCAUGCCAAACUUUGCACCAGAUGAGCCAGGACAAAUCUUCUUGAUGGAUUUAAAUGAGCAAAACCCAAGGGUCCAGGCACUAAACAUCAGUGAUGGUUUUGACAAAGCAUCAUUUAAUCCACAUGGGAUCAGUACUUUCAUCGACAAAGACCAAAUUGUUUAUCUUUAUGUUGUGAACCAUCCCCACAUGGAGUCCACUGUGGAGAUAUUUAAAUUUGAGGAGCAACAACGUUCUUUGGUACACCUGAAAACUAUAAAACACGAACUUCUCAAAAGUGUGAAUGACAUUGUGGUUCUCGGAGCAGAACAGUUCUAUGCCACCAGAGACCACUAUUUUACCAACUUCUUCUUGGUACUAUUAGAGAUGGUCAUGGAUCUUCGCUGGACUUACAUUCUUUUCUACAGUCCAAGAGAGGUUAAAGUGGUGGCCAAAGGAUUUAUUUCUGCCAAUGGGAUCACCAUCUCACCAGACAAGAAGUAUAUCUAUGUAGCUGAUGUACUGGAUAAGAACAUUUAUGUAAUGAAAAAACAUGACAACUGGGAUUUAACUCAACUUAAGGUAAUCCAGUUGGGCACCUUAGUGGAUAACUUAACUGUUGAUCCUGACACGGGAGAUAUUUUGGCAGGAUGCCAUCCUAAUGCCAUCAAGCUGCUGAUGUAUAAUACUGAGGAUCCUCCAGGGUCAGAAGUACUUCGCAUCCAGAAUGCUUUGUCUGAGAAGCCCAGGAUAAGCACUGAGUAUGCCAACAGUGGCUCAGUGCUUCAGGGCAGCUCUGUGGCUUCUGUGUACCAGGGGAAGCUUCUCAUAGGCACCGUAUUUCACAAAGCUCUGUACUGUGUGCUCUAGAGUCCAGAUAUUCCAAAAAGUCUACAUAUUUGGUAAA